UAAGCAAGUAGUCAGUUGAGUAUUGUGCCGGCAGUCAGAGCGAGUGGAUCACGCGUCCGAGACAUUUCCAUACUUGAAGAACAUACCAAGGAACAAUGUCGAAAAAUACGGCUAAAUUGGCCAAUCCGAAUUUGGAAACCAUGCCCUCUGAUUUUUUGUACCACCUGGACAUAAACGUGGCUAAUACCAAAGACACCAGUGAUAUUCAGCAAAGGUUUGGCGAUGUCAGGGUGAUCUGCACGGGUGGAACCGCUUCGCGGAUGCGGGAGUUAGCCCUAUAUAUGCGGAAGGUUCUCGGGAUCGCGGAUACCAGUGAUCCAGUAGACUUGUGCGAGCGUGGCCAUCGGUAUGCCAUGUUCAAAGUGGGUCCGGUACUGUGCGUCAGCCACGGCGUUGGCUCCUCGACAUUCAGUGUGGUGUUGCACGAGCUGCUUAAGUUGGUCAAGUACGCCCGUUGCCAGGAUCCAGUCUUUCUGCGAAUUGGCACCUGCGGAGGAAUAGGAGUUCCACCCGGUACAGUUGUGGUCACCAAGGAUGCAUUUAAUGGCCUGCUGCGCAAUGAACAUGAGAUCGCCAUUCUCGGACAGCGAGUGGUGCGACCGGCUCAGUUUCCCGAGGACGUGAUCAAGAACAUUUUGGCAUAUGGUGCUGAUCCUAACGACGGUUUCCAGACCAUAAGUGCCAACACAAUGGGAACAGAUUGUUUCUACGAGGGUCAAGGACGUACCGAUGGCGCAAUUUGCGAGUACACUGACGAGGACAAGAUGGCAUUUCUGCAGAAGUGCCAUGACCUGGGAAUCCGUAACAUCGAAAUGGAGGCCAGCAUGUUCGCCUCGGUGACCCAAAAAGUGGGGGUCAAGGCGGGCGAUGUCUGCGUGACUCUGGUCAAUCGCCUGGCAGGCGAUCAGGUCACCAUCACCAUGGAUCAAAAACACGAUUUCGAGCAGCGACCCUUCCUAGUCGUUGGGCGCUACAUUAAGAAACUUCUGCAGCAAUAGCUCUGCCCUUUUCAAUUAUUCAUUUUAUAUUUUUAUAUACCCCAAGCACAUUUAAUGAAAAUAAAAAUCGCAUUUAAAUUUC